UAAAUGAAAGCUAAUAUUGCCAAUGGUUUCAACCGCACCGUUCUGGACCAGCUCCUGGUCAAGGCGGAGGAUGCCGCCGUAAAGGUUGUCAAGGACAAGAAAAAUGGCAGCAGAGACUUCGACAUGGUGACUGCCGCAUUGGAUAGCAUUCCGUCAGAGAACAUGCAAAGGGUGGUGGUUUGGAUUGGCGGUGGCGAGUACUUUGAGAAGAUCACCAUUAAUAGAACUAAGAAUUUUGUGACGUUUUAUGGGAAACCGACGGAUGCGCCCAAGAUUGUGCUUAAUGGGACGGCAGCAGCGUUUGGUUCUUGAAUAGUAAG